UUGAUGUUGGUGUUGUGAAAUACAAGGGUUUGUAGCGGAGGGAUACAGAGCGGCGGGUCACAGCUGGCCUGAGGUGUGUACCGUGCAGGUCGGCAAUAAGAGGCACCGAGAGGCGGAUUUUCUUACUGUUUCCCGGAACUUGUAGGGUUUAAAGGAGAGGAAGGACGUUGAAAGAUGGGCGACACUGUUAUACCUGCAGCCUUCAAGGGGGCGGGACGGUCAGAGGGGCUCAAGAUCUGGAGGAUUGAGAAAUUGGACCCAAAAGAAAUUCCAACAUCCACCUAUGGACAGUUCUUCACUGGAGAUGCUUACAUUAUACUCAAGAGCAGAAAAACUGGGAGUAGCCUGGCCCACGAUCUCUUCUUCUGGCUGGGCAAGGAAUGUUCACAGGAUGAGGCUGGUGCGGCGGCCAUGUUGACGGUUGCCCUUGACGACAGCCUGGGCGGGGCGCCCAUCCAGCAUCGGGAGGUACAGGGCCACGAGUCGAGUGCCUUCACCGGCCUUUUCAAGAAGGGAGUCACUUACAAACAAGGAGGAGUUGCCUCUGGCUUCAAACAUGUGGAGACAAACAUCAGCAGCGUCAGACGACUGCUGCAUCUGAAGGGCAAGCGCAAUGUCAGGGCCACUGAGGUUCCCAUGGAAUGGAAGAGCUUCAACGAGGGCGACAGUUUCAUCCUGGACAUCGGGAACGCUUUGUUUGUCUGGAACGGAGCCAAGAGCAACUUCAACGAGAGGCGAGCGUCCAUCAUGUUUGCCACAAGCGUGCGUGACAACGAACGCGGCGGAAGGGCCAAGGUGGCCGUGGUUGACCCCGGCGACCCCACGCCGCCUGCCAUGGAGAAGGUUCUGGGCGAGAAGCCGUCGAAGCUCGCUGACCCGAUCCCCGACAACGACGUCAAGGUCGCUCGUGAGGACCAGCAGAACACCAAGCUUUACCAUGUGUCUGACGCUAGUGGUCAGCUGGUAAUGUCAGAGGUCGCCAACCGUCCGUUGACCCAGGACCUCCUGAAGACUGAGGACUGUUACAUCCUGGACCAGGCUGGACAGCGGAUCUUCGUGUGGAAGGGGAAGGGAGCCACACGGACGGAGAGGGCUGCAGCCAUGAGCAAUGCUCUGGGUUUCAUCAAGGCGAAAGGCUACCCUAACCACACCUGCAUCGAGACUGUGAACGAGAACGCAGAGAGCUCGCUCUUCAAGCAGAUGUUCCAGAGCUGGAAGGUCAAAGGUCAGACUGCGGGCUUGGGCAAGAGCCACUCCAUGGGGAGGAUAGCCAAAGUGGAGAAUGUGUCGUUUGACGCAGCGACGCUCCACGCACACCCGGAACAGGCGGCGCAACAGAGGAUGGUGGAUGAUGGCACUGGUAAAGUCCAGGUGUGGCGUAUUGAAGGCCCAGAGAUGGUAGAGGUGAAGUCUAGCCAAUAUGGACAGUUCUACGGCGGCGACUGUUACAUCAUCCUGUACACCUACCAAGUCCGCAACAGGGAUGCCUACAUCAUCUACUACUGGCAGGGCCGCCAUGCCACAGUAGACGAGCUGGGCACGUCUGCCCUGAAGGCUGUGGAGCUGGAUGACCAGUACAACGGUGCUCCUGUACAGGUCCGUGUCACCAUGGGCAAGGAACCCAACCACUUCAUGGCCAUCUUCAAGGGCAAACUCAUCAUCUACGAGGGUGGCACCUCCAGGGAGGGCGGACAGUCGCAGGCAGCUGACACCAGACUGUUCCAGGUCAGGGGGACAGAUGAGACUAACACUAAAGCUAUCGAGGUUCCAGCGAGAUCUGCCUCCCUCAACUCCAACGAUGUGUUCGUGCUCCAGUCUCCCAGUAAUGUUCACCUGUGGUACGGCAAGGGUGCCAGCGGAGACGAGAGGGAGAUGGCGAAGACCGUGUCUCGUCUGAUCUCCAAACGCGACCCUGAGAUCGUGAUUGAAGGUCAGGAGAAGCCAGACUUCUGGAACGCCAUCGGAGGCAAGGCCCCCUAUGCCUCUGCCCCACGUCUGCAGGAGGAGGAACAGGACAACCCGGCGCGGCUGUUCCUGGUGUCGAACGCGACCGGUCGUGUUGUGGUUGACGAGAUCAGCGACUUCACGCAGGACGACCUUGAGGAGGAUGACGUGAUGAUACUGGACACCUGGGACCAGGUGUUCGUCUGGAUCGGCGCUGACGCUAACGUCACGGAGAAACAGGAGUCCCUACGUAUCACCAAGGAAUAUCUGGACACAGAUCCCAGUGGCAGAGACCCUGACACGCCCAUCAUCAAAGUCAAAAUGGGCUUCGAACCCCCGACCUUUACUGGCUGGUUUCUGGCUUGGGAUCCCUUCAAGUGGAGUGAGGGAAAGACAUAUGACCAACUAAAGGCAGAGUUCGGAGACGCCAGUGCUGUUGUGGACGUCACUACUCUGAUCACACAGAGUAUGGCAAAAUCAUCGAUUGACGGAAAAUCUCCAAACAAAGGCGGCAGCACACUUCAGGCGGGGGAACCAGUGAGGGACGUUGGACAGAUGAACCUAAACGGGAACUUCGUGCCAGGGCAGACCUUCUCCUAUGAAGAACUGAUCGGAGAGGAGAUUCCUGAAGGUGUCGACCCAACAAAGAAGGAACUGUACCUGUCGGACGAAGACUUCGAGAGUGUUUUCGGGAUGUCCCGAGACAAGUUCAACAGCCUGGCCGGCUGGAAGAGAACGGGCCUCAAAAAGGAGAAGAAACUUUUCUAGAGGAAAGAAAUUAAGACGCCAGUCAGCUGGCAACGUAGCUAUGCACUGUAACCAACCAGGUGACACUGGCAACAGCACUCCAGGGGUGGGCACGUGGUUUAUGUUUCGGACCAAUGACGUACUUAAUGGGGAGCUAAACUUAAAAGCUAUCUAUACUCUGCAAAUAUGCCCCAAAGUCAAGUUCUCACUUGUUUAAGUCCACCAUAGUUCAGGGCUUUCCCACUGUUUGAAACUUGCACCAUUCUGACGGCUACUCGAUUGACUUACUGAUUGAAUUUGAUGGUUUCUGGAAGUCUCAAUCAUACAAAUGAAUCCGGCUUUUUGAGCUGGCAUUCCCAAGGAAGGAUUUCAUGGAACUUCUGACAAAGUAGGAGGAAUGGACAAAAUAACAGGUUUCCAAGUUAGAGUCAAUGCAGGCCAACUCGAAAAGCCUUUGUUGAAUGUUCACAGAAAUAGAUACAGCACAAGAAUAGAAACUGUCAAGAUUUUGGUGGCACUUGUACGAAAGACAAAGGCCUUACGAAAAACAUUAAUGAUGAGAAAAAAGUGUUCAGACCUAAGUGAAUGCUGUAUGUAACUCCCCUGGAUUGCUGAAGAACCAUGUAUUGCCAAUGCCUUACAUAUAACAAGAGAUAGGUAAUAAUACCCGAGUGUACACAUGUAUUGAAUACACUGUGCAGAAAUUGAAGAAUUAUGAACUAAAGCUUUUGUAACAGGGUGAUUUUGUAUGUACCCAUCUUUAAGAGAAAUGAGUUUACUAAAUGGCAACUUUAUAGUAUAUGGCUUUCUAAUAGUGAUAGACAUGUGUCGUUCAAACUUAACAUGUAGGAAAAAUCAUAAAAUCAAUGCAAUAAUCAUAAUGGGUUGCCGUGUACACAUAACCAUUUUAGUUCAAUCAACCAUUCCGAAUUGAUACUAGUAAUGGCUUGUUGUCACGCUGUAUUAGGAAAAUAUAUGGAAGCUGAGCUAAAUAUUCAUGAAGGCAAUAAUUUUGUUUGCAUUAUUUUCACAUUUGUGUUAUCCUGGUUAUCCCGCUGCCUUGUAAGGGGCCAAGUGUUGAGAUUGUUCGCUUCAAGCGCGAGAAUCACACCAAAGUAGGCAUGCACAAGAUAUGAUUAUUUCUAGCUGACCAAUGAUAUCUCAUUUCUAGCUGACCAAUGAUAGGAGGCAACGGAAGAGAUUUAUUAACCAAUCAGAGUGUGUCAUACAUAAGUUGUCAUGAUUGAUUGACAGGUAGUACAGAAGAGAAAUUAUGCAAUACUUCAUUCCAGCAGACUGCAUAAAAGUAAUUCACACAUUUCUCAAAUGCAGUUUUCAGUUGUACCUGUAGCUACUUAAGGUUUAAGAAAUGUUGUAAGCUACUCAUGCUUAGCACUUCAAAGUAAGAAAGAUCUUUGAAUGGAUGGUACUAUAAUUUUAUUGUACUUCUUUGAGAUAGAAAUUAAGUAUCUAAAAGUGUUGAUUUAUUGAUUGAGCCACUAGAAUAACAUUCUAGGGUUAUAGGUUUGUUUGUAGGAAGAUAUGAUUUUGUAGCUUUUUGUUGAUACCAUUAUAUACACAGAUAAAGCAAGAUACUACAUUGAAGCAUUCCAUUCUUUUAUCUUGUAUAACUCUCUUAUAGAGUAUACACUAGGUAACGUAUGCCUGAGAAUGUAUGUGCUUAUUGGAUUUACGUAUGGUUUUUCUCUUGUUACGUAGUAUUCACGUUUUGCAUAUAUGAUUUUUGUACUGAUUGUUUCAGGAAUGAUCUUCUGAUUGUAUUUGGAACGUGCAAUUUCAGUCGAGGUGUUUUUGCCUGAAGACUUUGCGCCACAAUAACCCUCAGAACAGAGGAAUUUCUGCACGUAAUAAUCAAGCAAAUUAUCGAAAGAUUUUCUACAGCAUAGAUAAUUCACUGUCACUCACUGCAUUCUUAAAGUAUGUGUGAAAAAAUGUUGCUUGAUAUAAUCGGUAUGUUCUGCAAAAGAGAUGCCCAUCAUUUAGCACAUGGGAACCAAUGAGGUGCUUGCUUACAGAUCUUGUGUUGUUAAAAAGUAGACCAAUAAGAGCUUGUAUUACUUCUGUAGAAUUGUGACAAUAAAGGUCUUUGUAACAAUGA